AUGAACGAUUUACAGACCGUAUCCCUCCCGCCUCGGUUACCGUACACCUACAGUCUCCAAUGGCUCUACAUCCGCGACAGGAAUCGACAUCGCGAAGGCGUCAACUCGUCGUCGACGUUGGUCAUCUGCGACGCCAACGAGCACGGCGAUAACGCGUGCGCGAUACCGCGUCUGCGGAUCCCGAUCCGCGACCGCGUCUAUCCCCAGAGCAUCAGCUUCAAGUGAGUAGGGAUAUAGACGAUUCACGGCUAGCUUGAGACGCAAAAAGGCGUGGCUUGUCUGAACUCUCCACCAACCAGGCACUGUCUGUUCUCUUUUCGUGGCAGGACCCUUUUCAAGAUAGUUCAAGCCAGCCGUGAAUCAGCUAUAGAAAAAAGUGAAAAAUUGGUUUUUAGAUGGACCCUGUAUUCAUAGAGAAAUGAUUUUGUUAGCAGUGAGAUUACUGUAGAGCCAUCAUUGUUUCUGGUCGCAUUUGAACGUCUCAAAGCGUUGCGGCCGCAAUUUUUUAAAAUUUUCGUUAGAGGGGCGUUAGAGAGCCCAAUGCGCAAGUCGUUUUAAGUCGGGCCCUUUUUGUAACUUUUAAACGAGUCAUAAUUAUUUUUGGUCGCAUUUGGAAUGGCUCUAAUCGUGGCGCUCAAAAUUAUGUCAGAUGGCAGUUUUUCUAACGCUUAUGGUUGAGCUAGCGCGCAAGUCGUUUUGAGUCGGACCAUUUUUUUAAACUUUUAGCAAGUCAUUAUUAUUUUUCCUUGGUCGCAUUUGGAAUGGCUCUGACUGUGUAGGUCGAAAUUAUGUCAGAUGACAGUUUUUCUAACGCUUAUAAUUAAGCUAGCGCGCAAGUUGUUUUGAGUCGGACCAUUUUUUAGCGAAUUUUUAGCGAGUUAUUAAUAUUUUUCCGUGGUCGCAUUUGGAAUGGCUCUAAACGUUGCCGUUGCAAUUUUUCUAAUGCUUUCGGUUAGCCCAGAGCGCAAGUCGUUUUGAGUCGGCCGCAUACUUUAGUCAUUCCUCGUGCGGCCGUGGACUUUUCGGAAAAAAACCAGUAGAAUAUAUGACUGGUUUUGAAGAAUUGAAAGGGGAUUAUUCGUAUAUUUCGAAACAGAAAAGUCAGGUAUUGUUCUGUCUGCUCUCUCUUUUCUCUUGCCUGUGAGGCUAUAGCGACAGAAAAAUAGCGUGUAAAUGGGAGAGGCCCGCCUGGGAAAUUUUUUAGUGACCCCUUUAGGGUUCUGACGCUUUAGUGGCCACUAAAGGAAUCGAGUUAGUGGCCACUAAAGAUUACUUUAGUGGUCACUGAGACGCAAAUUAGUGGCUUCUAUAGAGGCGGUUUUAGUGGCCACUUUAGAGUCCUCUGCCUCUUAAGAGGCCACUAGAAACUUUCUCGAAAUUUAUCGUUUCAGAAGCGCCGGUCGUCCAAUGUAUCUGGCCUUGGAGCAUCUGGUCGACGGAGAGAAUGUUGGAUACGUUCAGGGCGAUGUUCAGCUUCUGUUCCGGAUCCAUGCCAGCGUUUUAGGUGAUUUCAAGGAUUUCUAACUUAUUCAGGCAGAUUUAAUUUCAGACAAGGCCUACUAUGGCUUAAACGUAACCCACUGCAUCAUCGAUGAGAACAUCGGGAACGGGGUCCGAGCCAAUGACGUCAGAGAACGGACGGCUCUCACAAAUGUCACCCUGGAGGCGAAUCAAGGAUACGCGGGAUUCUAUGUCAAUGUGUGUCGUUGAUCUCUUUUUAUUGAUUUUUGUCCUCCCUCUCAGAAAAAAUUUUUGAAAGCUUUCGAGUGUCUACGUCUCUGUUCCCUCACCGGCAAGGUUAGAGAAAAACGAAAAUAGCACAGCAACAUGAGAGGGUUGCCGAGAGACGAGGAGGUUACAGAGAAAAACAGCAGUUUUGCGAUAAAUAGACUAUUGCGGUUCAAAAACUUCUAGGAGCUAAUAAAGAAGCUUUACUGAGAAAGUUAGUCAUGAUUUUCCAGGGUGAUGUUUUUUUGAAAAUGCACUUUUUUCAUUUUUGACGCGUUUUAUGUUGUCAGUUUUGAUUGCAAGUUUGGAAAAAUUCAAAAAUUUGGCGUUUCAAAUCAAUUUUUAUAAGGAAAUAGGUGGUUUUUUUCUUUGAAUUUUUAAAUUUUGAGCUAUUAUAAAGGUUGUUUCAUCGUGUGGAAAAAGAAGCCUUGGAAAAUUUUUCCCAUUUUCUGAAGGUUUUUCGAAAAAAAAAUCUUCAUUUUUUAGCCGAUUUUCUGUCAAAUUCUCUCAGAAAAAGGAGCUUUUUCAGGGCGGCGCCGCAGAUAUUUGGAUUAAUGAGACGAGGAUCCUGAAAAAUUGGGGCGACGGAAUAAAUGUCAGCUAUGUUGGUGGCUCAAUUACGAUCAACGGAACGAGGAUUGAGAAAAAUCGGUGGCGAGGUGGAGUUUUAAAAGAGAAAAGUCAUUUCAAAAAAAAAUUUCUAGGUAAGAUUCAACGGAAAAAAAAAGCCGGAGUAGGUUAGGGAUUAUGUGCUCCAGUGAUAAUUUUGGAAAAUAUGCGAAAAUAAAAGUUCAAAAAAUGUUUGAAGGGAAAUCUGAAGUGUAAAAAUAGCCUGCAUAGGUUAGGGAAUGUGCGCUCCAGUGAUAAUCUAGGUAAUAAUGCGAAAAUUUAAGUUGAAAAAAAUAUUUUUUAGUGAAAUUUUAAGAGAAAAAAUAGCCUGAAUAGGCUCGGGAUUCUGCGCUCCAAGGAUAGUUUCCUACAGAAAUGUGUUUUUGCUGAAUUUUUGUAAGGAAAUCCCGACUUUUUUGGUUUUUCACAGUUUUAAAGCAUUUAGGGUUCAAUUUUGUCUGAGAAAAAAAAAGUUCCCAGUCGAUCUACGGGAAAAAAUAGCCGGAAUAUAUAAAUGAUUCUGCGCUCUACGGAUAAUUCUUGCAGGAUUCGGUUUUCUAUUAGAUUUUUGUAUGUAAAAGCUGAUUGCUCUAAUUACAAAGUGAAAAAAUAGACUUGAACGUAAUCUUCAAGAGAAAUUUUGCUGAAAAAAUAGCCUGAAGGGGGGUCAGAGAAUGUGCGCUCCAAGGAUAAAUCCUGCAGAAAUGUGCUUUUGUUGAGUUUUUUGCCCUGAAUACUUGUUUUCUAGUCUAAAAAAAGGAUUGGAAUCAUUUUUUCAAGCGCUUUCUUAAUUCGUACAUUUCUCAAGGGUUUUUAGCUCAUUUUUUGCCUCAAAAUAUGGAAAAAAUGAUAAAUUUUGAAAAAAAAACUCAUAGAGCUAUUCCAAGUGCGACCAUUCGAAAAUCUAUUUUUUUUUUUCAGGCGCCGCUUUUCACUACAACCAAAGUUUGCCCUUCCACGCCCUCCAUCAGGAAGUUAUUUUCAAAGGUUUUCUAAUUUUGCGUAAAAAAUUAAAUAAGUUUAAUUUUAGGUCGACCGUCGAAUAACAUGUUCUACCUUCCGACAAUCAUUUCUGAAAAUGAAUGGGGCGGAGUUUUGAUCGGGAAUUAUUGUAUCUCUUCGAGACUCCAUGUUGAGCCGAAAGUAGGAUUUUCCAGAAAAAGAAGCUCAAAAAUCAAAAUUACUGGGGGAAUUUCUAGUAGCCAGUUUAGGGAUUUCAGCUAGUGGCCUCUUUAGGGUAGCAUGAUAGUAGCUAUAGAGACAGAGAACACUUUAGUGGCCCCUUGAGAGGCUCCUCAAGGAUUUCUUGGAGAGGACACUCAAGUGGCCACUAGACCCACCUCUAUAAAAGCCACUAUUUUCCGUUUUAGUGGCCACUUCAGUAGUUUUCCAUCCAGUAUUCCUUCCAGUAACUCUGAUAAUUUUAAAACAAACAGAUUGGACCAGUUAUGUCGAUUCAUUGACCCCUCAAGUGGCCACUAAAGUGGUUUAGUAGUAGCACUUGGACUUCUAUAGUAACCACUACUGUUUAACCCCUUAAGUGGCCUCUAAUUUGAAUACUGCAAUAGCCACUGAAACUUUAAAACCCUAAAGAGGCCAAUAAAAAUUUUGCCCAAGAAAUCGAGAAUAAUGACUAAAAAAUCUUCAGCCUCUGUCAAGAUUAGGAACGCCAGAGAGAUUCCUAUAGGGGACAAAAAAGUGCCCCCUGUAGGGGUAAAGUUUAGGAGGACCCUGAGGGGUUUAGAAGUCUGAUCAAGUGGGCCUUUCAUUUUUGAUCAGAUUUGAAGAUCAAAAAGACGAAGCCAAUACAUUUUUUUUCUUUUAAUCCACUUUUCAGUCAAAUAUCUCUACUUAGUGUGUCAAUAAUGCUCCAUGGAUAAAGUCGUGUUUUUUGGUCCCAUUUUUCAAUACUUUGAGAUUUUCACAUGUAACUUAUAUACAGAAAAAACGGUUCUUUAUACUUUUGAAUUUUUAUUUUCCAUUUAUCGGCUCCUAUCUUUUUUCUCUCGGAUCGAACUUCAUUCUGAACCUUAAGGUCCUAAUAAGUUGGGUCGAAUUUGUCCACAACCGUUACCACCCGGCCUUGGAAGUAUUUUCGUGCCAGGACCGAAAUGUGGCCAGAACCUAUGUCGAUGUUACUGGGAAUCGAGUGGAAGGUAAAAAAGGAAAUCAUCAAGAAUAACCAAGUGCGCUCCAUUGAGAAUUGUCUAUAGAACUUUUAAAAUGGGUAACUUCGCUCCGAUGAGAAUUUUUAUUAUUUUUUUGCCUUCACAAAAGCCAAGUGCGCUCCAUUGAGGACUGUCUAUAGUGUUUCUGAAAUAGGAAAGUGCGUACCACUGAGAAUCGAUUAUAAUAUUUAAAAUUAAACAAGUGCGCUCCAAUGAUAAAUUUUUUAGUUGUGUCUUUAUAAUAGCCAAUUGCUCUCCAUUGAGAAUUUUUCUCCUAAAUUUGUCAUUUUUUUAAUGAACUUUGAGCGAAAAAAAGACGGCUUGAAAAAAAAAUCAGAAAAGUGCGCUCCAGUGAACACUUUUUUUCAAAAAAAUGAUUAUUGAAGAUUUUAGAAGCUUUUUCAUUGACGAAGAAUGAAUAAGAUUAUUUUUAUUUUUAUUUUUUCAAAGUUGAAUCAUUUAUUUUUCAGGAAACCUGGGUUACGGUAUGAGAAUCGCUCCGGCUGUCAAUAUUUUGGCCGUGAUUUCUAGCAAUCAAUUUUUGAACAAUAAUGACACCGCCUUGUACAUUCGCAACGCCCAAUGGCCACAGUUGGGAAAUUUACCGGCUAACGUUGGUUAUUAUCCGAUAACAUGAGCAAUGAAGUGAAAUUCAAGGUUACGAUAUCGAAAAACGCGUUCAAAUUCAACCAUGCCAAGUAUAUCAUAUCGAUUGGGUUGAAUGAAGGUUCUCCGAGGCAAUUUCUGACUUUUAAUCAGCAGAAUGAGGUGAUUGAAAUUUACAGCGGAAAUCUGUAAAAUGCGGCCUUUUUUUGAUUUUUGAUUUUUCAACAGUUUCUAAAAAUACGCAUGGUAAAUGUUCUGAAAAGCGAAAAAAUUUGAUUUUCUUUUAACUUUUCGAAAAAUUCUGACCUGUCUGCGCUCUCUCUUCUCUCACUCGUGAGGGCAACACAUAGAAACGUCAGAGUGGCCCCUAGAGGGGUCAGGAAAAGGAAAAGCCCUCGUAGUGGACAAAAAAAAGCCCCUAGGUGGUCUUUAUAGGGUUACAGAGUCUUACCCCAGAGCCCCUAAAGCUCAAGUGGUCCCUGUAGUGGUCUCGUGAUUUUUUUUUCCUCUUUGAAAAGACGUGUAUGGGCCGCUAGCAUGCUGACGCUCUUUGAAAACUCAACGGCCCCUUUAGGGGCUGUCAAAGUGGCCCCUACAGGGGUACCUUCAAAACCCACAGCCCCUAUAGGGGCCACUCUGAAGUUCCUAAGUAGAAACGGAAAUAGCAUUGCUUAGGGAGAAGAGAGCACAGAGAAGACAUAUGGUUCCAAAUUUUUGUGUUUUUUACACCGCCAGAAUCCAAAAAAUCGACAAAAAGCCAACGUUUAGAUACGCGCCAAUACCGUAUUCGAUCCAUUCCCGGAUUUGCCGCCUAGGAGUACUCCCUAUGCCGCGAUGGUCGUUUCCAGCAGGUAAUAUUGGGAAUUUCACGUGUUUUUAUGAUUGAUAAGAUAUCCGAGGUGAAAAUCGAGAAUCUGGUAUAAAAUUUUGCUCCAAAAAGUGCGGGGUAGUCGAAGUUUUGCAGAGAAAAAUCGAAAUUAUGCAGAAAUUGACGAAUUUGGCAGAAAAUGUCAAUUUUUCGAAGGAAAAAGUCGAAAUUUCGCUGAAAAAGGUUGUAAAUUUGCAGAAAGUAGUCGAAAGUUCGAGGAAACUAGUUGAAAUUCUGCAGAAAUCUUUUGGCCCCGAAAAUCUUGAAAAAAAAGGCGGGUUUCGACUUUUUAAAGAGCCCGAUUCGGCUUAUUGUAUAAAAAAUUGUCUUUUUUGAGCAUCUUUCAUAGGAUUUUUCACAGAAAUUUGGAUCAAAGCGACGGUUUUCGAAUAAAAAAAGCUUUCGACCCCUUUGUCUACUCUUUUUCAGGUACCUAAUGAGGUUGGCAGAUAAACUUUAUUUCUUUGGGCAAUCUUUUUCUGGAUUUUUUGCAAAAAUUAUCAAAAAUGCGUUUUCUAUUUUUCUAGUGAUGAAUUUUGCUUCCAGUAACGUGAAGAUCCAUCGGAACUGCUUCAAAAACGAAAGAGCCAAGUAUGAAAUCGCCACCGAGUUACAAGAACACGCGAAAUGGAUCGAUGCGCGGGAAAACAACUGGGGAUCGCCCAUCGUUGGACAGUUCAUCGACAAGAUUUUCGAUCAGGUAAGAGGUUUUUUGAGAAUCUGGGGACAGGGGAAUUGUAGAAAUAAGAGAUUUAAAUGAACGGUAAAGUUUGGAUCAAUACAUCUCACUUACCAUUAGUCAUAGCUCUAAUCGACUAGGCGAGAAAGUUUGAAGCUAUUACGAACAACCGCCUUUGGCGAACUAGAAGUCGAAUCGUGUAGUUGAUCAAAUUGAAUCAAGAAGACGAAUCGUGUAGUUGAUCAGGUUGAGUCAAGAAUUUCAAUCGUGUAGUUGAUCAGGUUGAGUCAAGAAUUUCAAACGUGUAGUUGAUCAAGUUGAAAGAAGGGUUUUACGGCCCUCCGCCUCGUUCUCCUGCGCGUAGUCGAUUCAAUGACUUCUCAGCGAGCUCAUAAUGUAGCGGAUGCUAUAGCCGAAGCCCGGAGACCGUCCUGGCUUCACACGGAAUUCAGAGGCAGAAAAAUAGAAUAUCAUAGUUUUAUACUCUUGGUACAAUCGUUGGUUCUGCGAUAAUUUUCUUUGACUCCAUUUGGUAGAUUUCAUGAAUUCAUCCAGUUUAUCUGAUAUCAAGUAGAAAAACUUCAGUUCUACCGCUACUCCCUGGCCACCAUCGACAUCGAUCCCUUCAUGGCGGUGUGCAACCAACGCGUUCCUCAUAUCACCCCACAAAACGAAGUUUUUCGUCAAUUUCGCAAAGAUUCUCAGUCAAACACUCUUGGUGGUAUCAUCUAUGAAAAUCACGAUCUGCUCAAGGGCCGGUUCGUACGGAAAAAUUGACAUUAUGACGUCAUUUUUGAAGGUAUACGGUAACGGACGACCUUCAAAUUGUCCCUGGAGCAAAGUUGACCAUCGGGUCGGGAUCCGUUUUGGAGUUUCAGUUUGGCGUCGGAAUGUUGGUUCAGGUAAGGUGAAUUUCGAUCGUGACGUCAUAAAUUUGUUAUCAUGACGUCAUAGUGACUUUUAGAGAAUCCUGAUUGUGACGUUAUAGUGACUUUUAAAGAAUUCUGAGUGUGACGUCAUGAAUUUGUUAAUAUGACGUCAUAGUUACUUUCAGAGAAUCCUGAUUGUGACGUCAUAAAUUUGUUAUUAUGACGUCAUUUUUCUUCGGAACCAGAUCGAAAUAUAGCCUUUUUAUAGCUGUUUCAUAUUGCUCAUAAGCCAGGGCUCAGAAAAUAAAAUUCAGGGCGAAUUGACGCGAAAUGAAUUCGAAAGCGAUGAGAGGGUGGUUUUCACAAGUGCUCCAUUCACACUGGAAAGUCGGCCGAAUAUUCGACUAAUCAAUGAUGAUGGAAACGCGGCGGUGACUGAAGGACGAUUGGAGGUAUAAAGUUGAGAUCACCAAAAAUGGAUCUUUUUAAAAAUCCAAAUGAUUUUUAAUAUCAAGAUAGUAGGUUCUUUACUGAACAAGCCGAAAAAAAAGCGCAAGACUUCGACCUUCCAACACCUGAUACUGAAAGAUGCCAGCAUGCGCAAGUAGUUUUUGGUCGGACGCAAGAAAAAAGAAAUAAUCACUUUCGCAGUUAUUCAUAUUUUCCUCACGACCUAGGGCGCUUGAAGUCGGGGAAAUCUUGAAUAUGAUAAAAAUUUGAAAAUAAGAAGGUUUUGAAGCGGCCACAUCGUAGAUGCGCAAGUAGUUUCUGGUCGGGCGCGCUGAAAAAGAUGAAAAAUGUAAUGAGCCGUUUUUCUCACGAUUUAGGGCGUUUCAAGUCGGUAAAAUGAAUUUUGAAAUUUGAAAAUAUUAUUUCGAGUGCCUAUAAAAUGACCACCCAGUGUCGCGCAAGUAGUUUCAGGUCGGGCGCGCUGAAAAAGACGAAAAAAUUGCUCUUUUUGAGCCCUUAGUGAGUUUUUACUGAUGGGAAAGGAGAAAAUGUUCUAUAGUUUUUUACUUUCGAGUGUCAUGAAAAUUCCUAUUAACUAACCGUUUCGCAAGCGCAAUUCGUUGAGCCAUUCCAAAUGCGACCACCAUCAUCUUUAAUUUUUCCAGGUGUUCAUAGAUGACCAAUGGGGAACCGUCUGCAAUCGUUCCUGGACCGCUUUCCACACAGUUUUGGCCUGCAACCAACUUGGACUCAUAGCGGAUGUUCAAUUUUUCGAAAAUUGGCGCAUUUUCCCGUCCAAGGGGGAUUUGCCCAUGAUUGUCGAUAAUAUCCGCUGUGAGGAGACUGAAGUUGACAUCACGAAAUGUCGACAUGAUGGAGUGAGACACAACGCCGGGGCUGGAUGUCGUCCGACCGAAGUUGUUGGUGAGGGUUUUUGGGUUUUUGAGGGCUCAAAAAUUCGAAAAAUGAGAAACAUCAAGUAUAGUCCAUUCCUGCUCGUCUCUCUGCGCCCUCUCAUUUUGGCUUGCUAUUUUCAUGUUUCUCUGACUGGUGAGGGAACAAAGAGACGCAGACUCUCGAAAACGGGGGUUUCUCUGCACCCUCUCAUGUUGACGUGAUGUUUCCAUUUUUUUUUUCUGACCCUGGCGGUGGGAGAAGAGAGACGCAGACACCCAAAAAUUCCCAAAAGCGGGAAUUCUCUGCGCCCUCUCAUUUUGACGUGCUAUUUCCAUUUUUCUCUGACCGGUGAGAGAACGUAGAGACGCAGACAGUAAAAAAGAUUUGGCGAAUUAAUUUUUCCGAAAAUCUCUAGACCUCAUUCAACACUGAAAAAAAGGUUCCAAAAUGUCCGAAAAAAAUUUAAAAUUUUUUUAACUGGCCAUAAAUUGGGCUUAUGUGCGCCCUGCGGAUAAUUUUUUUAUGAUUCGACCCUUUUUUUCUGAAAAAUUUUUUUAUUCAUUUUGUACUCCCUGUCGCAAAUUAUUGAUCAAGAUUUUUAGACCGAAUUCUAAAAAAAGUUUAAAAAAAUCGCGUAUUUUUUUGUUGAUUUUAGAGAUUGAGCUCAUCUGCGCUCUAUGGAUAAUAAAAAGUUUAUUCAGAACUUUACGGUUUCAAAUUGAAUUAUUAAGUCAAAAAAAUUUUUGAAAUCGAUUAAUCAUUGUAUGUUUGAAUGACACUAGUCUUUAUCAGAGAAUUGCCCAUCAAACAGCAAUUUUCAGGCCUGCGUUGUCUGGAGCCUCGUUGGGCGGGUGUACGGUAUUCUCUACUGGCCAAUCCGCCUACAGUAACCGGCCAAACUACGAUGGACAAUUGGCUGAUCGAAAAAGGAGGCCUCUACAAUUUCCGGACCUCGGAAUUCUGCUCGGCUUUCCAAAUUGAUUGGAAUUAUCAUACGUUCCAUCGGCUGGAAGUUAAGGUAUGGUUGGGCUGAAAAAGCUAGAAAAGUGGUCACUUGAGGGUUUUGAGACUUACAGUUGGGAUAGCGUUAGAAAAAGGUUCUGGAAGCUCUUCUCUAGUGACCACUUGAGAGGUAGGCUUUGAAAGGGAUCCUCCUGACAAGAUUUCGUUAGAAAACGACCCAGAUAUCAGGGUGAUCAUUCUAGUGACCACUUGAGGGGUCUCAUAAGAAAAAAAUGACUCUCUUGAGUGGCCAUUUGAGAACAGGGCUGCCAAAAAGGCUAGUUUAUAUUUUUAAAAAAAUUGGGAAGCUUUUAAGUGGCCUCUUAAGGGAAAAUGGUUCUAAAAACGGAUAAGUGGUAACUUAAGUGAAUGUUCAACUGUCACUGCGGUUUCAUUUAAAUAAAAAUCGAGAAAGUAAUUUUUAAAAUGUUUCUCUGAGUGACCACUUGAGGGCUUUUCAAUAUCCUUGACAUCUUUGAAGAAUUCUAGGGGCCACUUAAGAGCUUCCACAAGGGCUACUUGGAGAGGAGGCUAAAGUGGCCACUAGUUUGCUUCUAAGUGACCACUGAAGGACUUUCAAUGGUCUAGUCUAGUAGUACUCCCUAGUGCUCUAAUGGCCCCUUAAACUCUUAAGUGGCCACUAAAUCGACUACACUAAAUCGACUACUAUAUUGAACCAGAGGAAGUCGCUUCCAGGAAUAAAAUGUCUACUUUGCUCAAAAUUUUUUCUAGAACAAUUUCUGGGACGGAAUCGAUGUCAUCUACAACGACCUGAUCAAAAAGCCGGCCAUUAGGAAAAGCUGGAUCACGAAUAACAGAAGGAAUGGCCUGCAUCUUAGAUCUGCAGGCAUUACUGUAGAAAAUGUGGGUUUCCAGGCCCUCUGAGACUUUUUUCUCAUUGGAGCGAAUAAGGUCUUUUUCGAAGGAAUUUUCGCGGCUAUUUUUUGUUUCCUCAGGAAAGUGUGCUUUUUCAGGUUACGAUAAACUACAGUGGUCAGUCGGGCAUACGGUACAAUCCGUCGAUCAGCGCCCUAACCCAAAAAGAUAUUGUCUCUUGGCUGGAACUGAGAGAACAGCCCGAACAGGAGGCCAAUAACAUUUUCCAUAUCCCCAAAAAUGGCCUGGAUCAUAUCGAAGUGAUUUAUUGAUUUUUAUUGAUUAAUUGAUUUUUUCUCAAGGUCCUGGAGAGCAGUUUGAACCAGAGGAAGUUCCUGGUGGCCAAGGAGACUGAGGACUGUCCGGCAGGUAGGAGAAACCGGAGGUGUUGAAAUAGGUCAGAUUAUAGGUGAUACCUGUGAUUAUCACCUGAGAAUCACGGCCACUGGAUAUGAGUACGGACUCCAGGCCAAAUUGGCGAUUCAGGUCGGUUCUUGACGAGAAAGCUCGCAUGGGGAAUGGCUGAAAGUAGGAAUGUUAGAAAGAUGCGCCCGACCGCGAAACGGCUUGCGCUAGGCGUUAUUAACGCGGAAUGGACGUUUCUGAAUCGCUUUAGUGAUCACUUGAUACGCUAGCCGGCAUCUCAGGCACUAGAAACGAACUUUUCGAGGUCACUUUAGUGAUAACUUGAUUUCUUGAACAGGUGUGCCCGACCGCGGAACGGCUUACGCUCGCCGGCUUUUUAAACAUUGAUAACGCGACACAGACACUUCUGAGCCACUGUAGUGAUCACUUGAUCGCUCUGACGUUGCUAAAUUGACCAUGAAACGGUUCAAAAACGUCUAGUAAAAUUGAGUGUCUGAAUUGAGCCGCAGAACGACGGCGACGCAGUGAUCCAUUCCAAAUGCGACCACUGAAUCUUGAUCUUGAUUAGCAUAGACUCCCACCCAGGAUAAUCUGCAGACUCGAGAUAAAUCAGGAAAACUCUGCUCUUGACAAGAAAGGUCGCAUGGGAAAUGGCUGACAGUUUAGUUUUGAGUAGGGAUGUUAGGAAGAUGAACCCGACCGCGAAACGACUUGCGCUAGUCGGCUUCUUAUUCAUUGAUAACACGAGACGGCGCUUCCUGGACCACUUCAGUGAUCACUCGACAGCUCUGAAGUUGCUAAAGUAACCGCUCAAAGGUUCAAAAACAUCCAGUCAUGUUAACAGUGUCCGACUGAAGCCGCACCGCGACCGCGACGCAGCGAACCAUUCCAAGGGAGAUCAUAAGUCCUCGACUUUGAUGAAGCUCUUAGAUACAAACGUCACAAGAAGAAUGACCCUGGCUAGUAAAAAAUGAGUUUGAAGAUCAUAAUGUCAUUUUUUUCCACUUGUCAAGCGCCAUUUUGAAGAAAAGUUCGAAAAAAUAAACUCAUUUCUGAGCAAAGUUGCUCUAUCGGUUAAGUAACCUUCAAGGCUCUGCGGUACUAGAAAAAAGCCGUCGACCGCUAAACGACUCGCUCUAGCCGAUAUUUUUGGUCUCUAGCCUUUUUUUUUGAGCCAUUCCAAGUGCGGCCUUAAUAUUUAUUAGUCCAUUUACAAUUAAUGUCAUUUUUCAACCUUUAGAUUGUAAAUCCGGCUUCGAAUAUUUCCGACGAAGAUGCGAUUUUUACCGAUUCGGCGACUGGGAAGUCGUGGAGCGCCAGGAAGGAUCAUAUCUAUGUGAGUUUUUGGGGAAAUCGACGGGUAUGUCCCCUAGAGAGGCCACUUUUGCAAGCUUUACCCCCUUUUAAGGGCCCUUAAGGUUGCCCCUUAAGGGACCACUCUGGAGUUCUUGCACAAAAAAAAAAGAAAAUUGACUAGCAUGCACCCUAGAGAGGCCACUUUUGCAAGCUUCAGUGGCCCCUAGAGAAGAACCUUCAAGGCCCAAAAAGGUUGCCCCUUCAGGGACCACUCUGGGGUUUUAAAGAGACUUUUUACUCAUUUUUUCAUAAUUAAUUCGAAUUCUUAUGUUUGUUUAUUCAAUUUUUCCAUUUGAAAACUCCGAAAAAGUGAUUUUUUCAAAAAUUCAAAUUGACUCGAAAAAAAAAGACAUCACUACUUUUCAGUCUUAAACUUGAACAUAAAUGGAAAAUUUUCAAAUUUUUUUAGAAAAUUGAGCACUAGUCUAGGAUUUUCAAUAAUUUAACCUUAAGAAAAAUGGGGAAAAUCUCAUUUUUCAGUUGCUUUCAGUUGUUUUAAUCGAAAAAACUGUUUUUCAAUCCUAAUUUCGAACAAAAUUGAAUUUUUUUCAUUUCUUUAUGAGUAAAAGUCUAGCUUUUCCACCCUUUUGUCCUUAAGAUACAUAUUUUUCAGUUCCCCGUGGUCUCGCAUUCAAACGAGAUCCGAAUGCACUACAAAAGAUCCUACGGCCGGCCAAAACUCAUCAUUUUGGUCCUGUUUUUGGAUGGUUUUUUAGAAAAAUCUUCAUAUUUCGAUAUUUUCCUUCAGCCCAAGAGUACCUCGACCGUUUCGUCCACAUCUAUCAGUCGAAAAUCGAAGACAAUCAGUACGGAUUCUCCGCUUCUCACUACAGUAACCUCACAUUCGACGAUGGAACUCUGUCGAAUCGGUGGAACAAUGAGAAAUUGUGGAUUCAGAAGGUCGAAAAAUAAAUUUUCUGCUGAAAAAUUGGUUUUUCAGGUGAAUUUCACCCGGAAUUCGGAAGCCGUCAUGUGGAUCCACUCGCCUCAACAUGCAGUUUUACCGAAUACCCCUAUUGCUCAGGUUAGAGGGGGAAAAAGGCGUUUUUUCAGGGUUAAAAUCAAUGAAAAAUGAAGCUUUUCACUUGAAAUUGACCAUAAAUUAAACAAUUUUGAAAAAAAGGAGAUUUAAUACUCCCUUGAAGUACGUUUCAGUAUAUCAUUAAAAAGUAGCCCGUAUUCAAAUUUCUGAUCCAUGGCGGAAAUUGAAAAAAUCUACUUUAUUCGCCCAAAAUCGUUCUCAAAAUGGAAUUUCGCUCCGAAUAAUGUCCCAUUUGCCAAAAAAUAAGAAAAUCGAACCGACCCCCAUUAGAAUAGUGUCCCCGCGUGAGGAGGGUACUUGUGGGCAUCGGGGCGCUUGCACUCUCGGCCCACUUAGUAUAGUGGUUAGUACUCCACGUUGUGGCCGUGGCGACGCAGGUUCGAUUCCUGCAGUGGGCAAUGUUUUUGCAAAUUUGUUUUGCUGAUGAGUGAUGAAGAUUGUAGGGCUUUAUAAAGUUUUUGAAGGUGAAGGGAUCACUUUAGGGAUUUUGGAAAUGAUUAUUUUUCAGUUUUUGUUUGAAAUUCACCGUUUUCAUGCAGUUAUUUAGAUUUUCUCAUUAAUGAAACUUGAUAUUCCCUUUGAAAUUCUUCUUAUUAUGUUCAGUAUAAGUACUAUUUAGGUUUUUAAAAUGAAUUUGAGGGGUUUCAAAGAUAAAGAGCAUGUUUUGGUUUCUAUUUGACCGAUUCCGUUGGCUUUAUACUGAUUUUUGACUUUUUCACGCUUUUUCGAUAGAUUUUUGCGGUUUUCAGUAAGUUUUUUCUAUUUUUGAUUAACUUUUUCUUACAUAAAAUCCAUGGUUAUGAAAUAUAGAGCAGCAAUGAUCUUUUUUGGGACUUUCAUAACAGUUUUUUUCAGUCGGAUUUUUCGACGAGAAAAAAAUUUUUUUGAAAAAUGAAAAAAAUUUCAUCUUUUUCAAAAACAUUUUGAGGUUCUUUUUCAGAUAACCUACCAUUUCGACAACUGCUCCGUUAUCAACAAUACCGGGCCAAUUAUUGAAUCGCAUCGGGACCUUUACGCGUCGGCCAACGUCUUCCACUGGAUCAUUUGGUCGAGCACGUUUGCCAACAAUACGAAUUCUGGCCUGGCCGUCGCCCUGCCGGACACCGUCGAUUUGUUGGCCAGACAGCAGCAUUCCUUCUUUGUUAGUUGUGAAUUUGGAAAAAAAAAACGACAUCUAUAGGGAACGUCAGAGUGGUCCCUGAAGGGUUUAACAGCCCUUAUGUUGGACAAAAUAGUGCUCCUUAAAGGGCUAAAGUUUAGGUAGUCAUUAUAGGGUUUUAUGGUCUAUCCCUAGGCCUAUAUAACUUGAGUGGUCCCAAUAGGGGUCUUCAAAUUUUUGACACGAUUUGAAAAUUUAAAAAAAAAACGUAUUCAAUGAAAGUUUAUCGAUUAGUUUUUUGUCAAAAAUCGCUAAUUUAUUGAGCUUUUCGCUCGAAAAAUGCUUCUUCUCAUAGAUAGUCCACAAGACUCCCCUAGAGUGGCCACUUUUGAGCCCUCUGAAAAAGGAAAGUGGUCCCUUGAGGGGAACCUUCGAACGCUCAUAAAGUUGAACUUCUCAGGACCACUCGGGCGCUCCUAAGUGGUAGUACUGGAAAUGAAAACCCUAAAAAAUCUUAGUUUUCAAAUUCUCAAUUCGAAAAGAAAAGUCAUCAUUUCAAUCCGAACCGAUUCCCAUAACUAGAAACUCGGAAACGCAUUAUUUUUUUAUGGAAAAUCGGUUCAGAGAAGAAAAAAUGGCCGGAGCCCUUUUUAACAUCUGCGCUCUAUGGAUAAUUAUCUUGCACGGUUUUUGUCAGAUCUUUUUUUUAACAAGAAUCCAAAACUAUCAAUGGAGCGCACAUUAUUCAGUUUCUUGUAUCUAUUUUUUCUCAAAAAGGGUUUCUAAGAAAAAAAAAAGGUCAACAUUUUGAGAUUUUGCGCUCUAUGGAUAAUAGUCUAGCGAAGUUAUUAUCAGCUCUGAUUUUCGUACAAAAAUCGAAAUUAGCCGUGGAGUGCACAAUAUUUAGUUGUUCGCAGCUAUUUUUAUCUCAAGGACUUCUUAAAAAGUUUUUUUGAUUUUUUUAUUUGAUGACGAAAUAACGAUUAUAAUUUAAAAAAAUCUCAAUGUACAGACGUACUAUGAGGCUUAAAAUAUGAAUUUUCAUCUUCAGAUGACGGAAAAUCGAUUCGAAGGAAAUGAAGGCUUCCGUGUACUACUUGACGGCUACUACGCUUUUGUGAACAUGUCCUCGAAUAAUUUCACCGAUAACUGGGCUCCGAAAAGAUUCGGAAUGGUGGAACUGCGUGGAAUGGAGAAACAAAUGUACAUCGAGAGAAAUCGAUUUUUCAACAAUUGGGUGAGUUUUUGACCCACAAGGGGUCAUUUUACUUGGAAAUUUUCUGAAACUUGGCCGAAAUAUUCUUUGACGUCCCAGAGGAAGGUCCUGAAAGUCCCAACUUUCAAUCAUUUGUCAUUUUUAAGAAAUGAAACCUGCAAAGUUUCAUAUAGUCCUAGUUAGCGCUAGAGCGCAGAUUCCUAGAGCAACGAAAAAAAAAACGCCUCAAGUUGGAAAUUUUGUGAUUUUGAUGGAUUUUGACGGGUUUUCCUUGGUCUUCAACCUUAAAAAAUGGUUUUCGAGAAAAUAUAUUUUUUUAGAUUUUUAGAUUUUAUAGUUUUCCAUUGGUUUUCAACCUUAAAAGACAGUUUUUUAAUAAAAUUUCAUUUUUUUUUUUAUCAAUUUAAUGUUGUUUUAACAAUACUUUUAGCAGUAGAGCGCGGUUUCACAAGAGCAAAAAUUGAGAAAAAAACGCCUCAAGUUGGAAAUUUUGUGAUUUUAAUAGAUUUCGAUGAGUUUUUCCAUUGGUUUUCAACGUUAAAAAAAUAGUUUUCAAGAAAAAUCCUUUUUUUCGAUUUUUUUAGAGGUUUCCCAUUGGUUUUCAACUUUAAAAGACAGUUUUUUUAAUAAAAUUUCAUUUUUUUAUCAAUUUAAUGUAGUCCUGAUAAUACUUUUAGCGGUAGAGCGCGGUUUCUCAAGAGAAAAACUGAGAAAAAAAAACGGCUCAAACUUUCAGAAAAUCGUAAAAAAUGACCUCCCUUUCUGAAACAAAACUUGAAAAAUGUCAAAAUUGCAGGGCCAUUGGAUGAUCAAACUAGAUAUAAUGUCCCAAUAUCUGAAGAUGUUGCACGUUCCAGCCUUCAUUCAAUACAAUUACAUAGAACACAAUCAUUUUAUCAAGGUAGAAAUCCUCAUUAUUGCUCAUAUUAGCUCAUAUUUGCAGCCGAAAAGCGACUACGUCGACAUGUGGCCCCGGUCCUAUGCUGUUGGAGUUUUCGGAGCUCAGAAAAUCGAUAUUCAUUUCAAUCGAUUCAAAAAUUUGUUGAUCGAUUUUGAGCUGGUUUCGGGAUGCAAGGUGGGUACGGCAAUAGAUAUUUUUGCCCGGAAAGAGGUUUUUUAAUUUUAAAAAGGCGGUAUUGAAGAUUUUUUAGUUUCACAGAUGGUAUCGGGUAGAAAAUUCCCAAAGUGUGUCUUAAAAAUUAGUUGAGAAAAAACAGCCGCCUUAGGUUGAACUACGGCGCUCCAAGGAUAAUUUGUCGAAAAGUGCUAAUUUUGACUUGUUUUUUUCAUUUUUGAAACAGUUUUGCGAAAAAUAAACGUUUAUCAAUAGAGCGCACUAGCUGUGGCUCUUUUUUCCUUAGCUCGGUUCGGACCAAUCGAAUAAUUUUUUUACAAAAUGUUCGACAAAAAAAAAUUUAGAAGUAAGUCUGAAAAAACAGUUGAGAAAAAACAGCCGCCUCGUUUUGUAAUUUUGCGCUCCAUGGAUAAAAGUGCUCAUUUUGAAUCCUUAGAACUUUUUGUUUUUUUUGAACCGCUCGAUUUCCGGUGGUGCAAAUAGGACGCCCCCCGGACGUUUCUGAGAUAUCCUAGGGAUCACUUAAGAGUUCUAAAGCUGCUCAAGUGGCCACUAGAAGUGUCCGAUUUUUGUUACCGACAUCCGAGCAGACUUUACAAGAAAAAUUUCAAUUUAUCUAUUUAGCGCACUUGGUCUGGCUUUUUUUGUCAUUUUCACUGAUUCCAACAACGAUUUUCGUUUCGAAAUGCAAAAUGAAGGGAAAACACCUCAAUUUUUUUUUUCUUUACAGUACACCCAAUUCGACGAUUCGAUGAACGUGACUUUCAACUGGUGGGGCACGGGAAACGAAGCCGAAAUCGCCCAGAGGAUUUUCGAUUUCGACGAUUGGAACACUUUUACGUUGGCCCGAUUUAGUCCAUUUUACGUCACGAAUGGACUUUUCAUCAACUUCUGGUUCAAUCCGUGGAGGGUGAGCGUUGCGGUCGCGCGUCGCGGCUUUUUUCGCGCGAAUUUCAAAAUUUUGAAGCAUUUUUUGGAGCAAAAUGUGUUAUUUUUCGAUUACUUCCUUUUCUGAAUUUUUCUGUUAAAAAAAAACUUCCUUCUCUGUGCCCUCCUCGUCUCUCGGCGACCCUCUCACGUUGACGUGCUGUUUUCCUAUUUCUAUGACCUCGCCGGUGAGGGAACAGAGACGCAGACACGCGAAAACAUUCAAGAGGCGGUGAAUGGACUAUAUUAAACCGAACCAAAUUUUUCUGCGCUUUUUCACUUUUUGGACGCUUUUUCCCAUAAUUCACCCUUUCAGGACGGCCAGAUAGCCCAGGCCACCUACAUCGAACCCAGCGUCUUCGAUCUGAAAGGCCGAGUCUACGAAUCGAAAAACAUGAGCCUGAUUGUGGAACGGUGGCAUCAGUUUCCGCAUUAUUAUCGGGUAAUUUUUCGAAUUCUCACCGCUUAGGAACGCCAGAGAGGUCCCUAGAGGGGCUAGGGGAAAAACAGCCCCUCUAGAGUUAUUUUGGCCCUACCGUGCUUACCGUAUCACUCUUUACAGUAACCUACAGAUUUUAGAAACUUCUAGCCCUACUAUCCUUACCGUAUCAUUACGUUACAGUAACCUACAGAUUUUCAAUAAUUAUAGCUCUACCGCUCUUAUGGUAUCACUCUGUUAAAGUAACCCACAGUUUUUCAAUCAUUCUAGUCUGACCAUCCUUACCGUAUAAAUCUGUUACAGUAACCUGAAUAUUUUAAAUUAUUUUAGCCUUAACGCCCUUACCGUAUCACUUUGUUACAGUAACCCACAGUUUCCCAGUUUUUUCUUGUCUUACGUUCCUACCGUAUCAUUAUUUUACAGUAACCCACAGUUUUCAAAUCGUUUUAGCUCUACCGUCUUAACCGUAUCACUUUAUUACAGUAACCCACAGUUUUUAAAUUGUUUUAGCUUUUCCGUCCUUAUCGUAUCACUCUGUUACAGUAGCUCACAGUUUUCAAACCAUUUCAGCCCUACCGUCCUUGCCGUAUCACUUUGUUACAGUAAUCUACAGAUUUAGAAACUUUUAGUUCUCCUAUCCUUACUGUAUCAUUAUCUUACAGUAACCCAGUUUUCAAAUAGCUUAAGCCUCACCAUCCUCACCGUAUGACUUUAUUACACGAAACUACAGUUUUCAAAUCAUUUAGCCCUAUCGUCCUUACCGGACCACUUUGUUAGAGUAACCGACAGUUUUUCGAUAAUAUUAUCCUUACUAUCCCUACCGUAGCAUUAUUUUACAGUAACCCACAGUUUCCUAAUCAUUCUAGCCGUAGCCCCUUACCGAAUCACUCUGUUACAGUAACCCACUCAACGACCUAAUGAUUUCAGCCCUACCGUCCUUACCGUAUCACUCGUGACGUCACCAUAAUGCCCGGCGCUACCUUAACCAUCGAAGAAGGCGUCGAAGUUCACGUUUGGCCCAACGUCCGCAUUUUGGUACUCGGAAAUUUGAUCGCAGAUGGGACCUAUUGGCAGCCGAUACGGUAGGAUACUGUAGCCUAUAAUUAAAUGUGAGGUUUUUUUCAGAUUCAAGCCAAUAAAUACGACGGAAUUCGAUGAAAUCCGUGGCCGGAUACCGUCACAGUACAAGAGGAAGCGAAGAUUCGUCGAUUGGACCAUUAAAAGACGGACGGAUACUGUAAUGAGGCAGGAACGGUUUUUGAGACAGAAGCGGUCUGAUAGGUGAUUUUUUUGGGGCUUUUUUUCAGGGGGAAUUUCUCUUGGCAGAGGCUUUGGUAUGGUGACUUUGACAGGAAAUCGGAUCAGAAUAGGGAAUUUUUUUCAAAUUUUUUUCAGGAUGGGAAUAAAAAAACUAUGCUCGGGGAGGCUUUUGUGUAGGAAUUUUGACAGGAAAUUGGAUCAGAAUAGAAAUUUUUUUUCAAAUUUUUUUGAAAGAGAAAUAAAAAAAUUCUGCUUGGGAAAGGCUUUUUGUGUAGAAAUUUUGAAUGGAAAUCGGAUCAGAAUAGAAAUUUUUUUCCAAAUUUUUUUAGGAGGGGAAUAAAAAAUUAUGCUUGGGAGAGGUUUUGUGUAGGAAUUUUGAAAGGAAAUGGGGUCACUUUUAAAAAAAAAUUUCCAUUUUUUGAAUAAAUUUUUUAUGAAGUAGAGGGCCAGAGUGACCUCUGUAGGGGACAAAAAUUGCUCCCUAUAGGGGUGAAGUUUAAGUGGUCCCUAUAGGGGUUAAAGAUCGGACCCUCAAGCUCCUAUAGGGGCCACUUUGGCGAGCUUUAGUGGCUCUUUUUGAGGGAGGUGAAGUGGUCCCUAGAGGGGUACUUUCAAGGGCCCUAUAGGGACCACUAUGGCGUUUUUGAGGAAAGGGUCCUUUAGGGGUUCUCCUAGAGAAUAAACAAGUUUAAAAAAUCAGAUUUUUCUUUCUUUCUCCUAAUUUUCCGUCAUUGAAAAUAUUAUUUUUUCAUUUAUUUUACUAAAUUUGAGUUCAAAAGAUGCUAAGAAAUAGGAUUAUUAUUACAGAUCCCGACAAGACCAAGUCUACAAAGAGUUCCCGACGCUUUUCCGGGACGACCCGUAUUAUCAGCGAUUUUCGGUGUCCCUGAACAGAAAUGGGUCCGAAAUUGGAAGAAGCGGCUUCCUGGAGAUUUACAAUGCGACAACUGGGGAAUUAGUCCCGUCGUGUGACCGGCAAUUCACUAUCAGGAAUGCACAGGUACAGCUUGAAAUCGAAGUUUUCAGAGUUUUUACGAGUCAUUUUUUAGCCCCCAAAAGCGUCAUUUUUCAAUCAUAGAGCUGUGAAAAACAAGUUUUUGUAGAUUUUUUUCCUUAAAAACCAUCAUUUUUGAGCUGAAGGGUCUUUGAAACAAAAAUUUUGUGCAUUCUUUACCUUAAGAAACAUCAUUUUUAGUUGAAUGACCACUCGUUAUUUUCUGGCUCUGUUGCCAAUUGAAACAUCAUUUUUUGAAUUGGAUAACCAGUAAGAAACGAGUUUUUUCCAAGUUUUUCUGAAAAGGCGCCGUUUUUGCGUUGGAGGGCCAGUAAAAAUUGGUUUUUGAGAUGGAAAUGCAAUAUUUGAAGACCUUUUCGUACAAUUUCAAGUAGGAAAUGAGAAGCUCUACAAGAUGAAAUUGAGGUUUCAUAACUCGUUUUUUACUAAGCCGUUUAGCUUGGAUUUUGAUACGCAUUCCGCAGUUCUCGAUCAGAUCUUUUUUUAAGUGUUCAAUCAGAAUUCUCUAGGUGGUUUGUCGAGAGCUGGGGCUCGAGACAAUGAACGCCUAUCAUUGGAUGACCCCCCGAUGGGACUAUAAUCCCAGAGUCCGACUCGUCAAGACUUAUAUGGAACCCAGGGAGUGUCGGGGCGAUGAGCCCAGCUUGGAUCGGUAAAUUUUGAAGUUUCCCUAGGAUUCAUUCCAUUCUCCUCUUAGGAAAAACUUCUUAAAAUUGAGCCAGAAUGCUUGAAUUUUGAUGAAAAUGUGGUUUUUUUAUCGUCUUCAAUUUUUUUGUCAUUUUUUUACAAUUUUUUUCAGUAAAAUAUUGUAGAAAGUCAUAUUUUUUUCACGUUUUUUUCCGUCAUUUACGAAAUAAAUUAUUAAAGUAAUUUACUCAAAAAUUAAAAAUUUGGAUUUUUCCAUAUGGCCCAGUUUCCUCUCGUAUUGCCUUGAAAUGUCAUUAAAAUGUGAUUUUUCCGAUCUCAAUUUUUGAAUUUUAUGGUUUUUUCGGAAAUUUCGCAGCUUUGUGAAAUACCAUCGACAUUAUUUUACAGAAGAAAAUGUUAAGAAUCAUGUAUUUUUUCCACCAGCCAAAAAAACUGUCCGCACUUUACAGAUGUGACCUCCGUCUGUCGGGAAACCGGGACCAGUGGCAGUGUAACGAUAAUGAGCACUUUAAUUAUAUUUAUUGUGGGUCGAAUCGAUCUUUGAGCAGGUGAUUUAUUGAUUAGAAAGAGAUUUUAUCAAUAAUUAUCAGAGAAUAUAUCGGAAAUUGGGGCGGAAUCACCUUCGCCGAAGGGCAUUUGGAGCUGCAGCCGUCGAGUUUGAAAGGUGAAUUUUGGGGUUUUUUGAAAAUCUAGGGAAAAAAUUGGGGUUUUUUGAAAUUUAGGUGAUAAAAUUUGAUUUUUUGAAGUUAUUGUCAAAUAUUGCUUUUUUUUUUUAAAGGCUCGAAUCAAAAAUUAGGGUUUUUGGAAUUCGGGUCAGAAAAGGGUUUUUUCAAGUUCAGGUGGAAAAAAGAUGAGUGCAAAAUUUUUUUCUAUAACUAUGUUAGAGAGCGUGAAAAUUUGAGAGAGAUUAGAGAAAAAGAGAUUUUUUUAACUUUUUAAACUUUUUUUAUUUAAUUUUACAUUUUUUUCAUUACAAAGACAAAAAUAUCGGAUUUUCGAUAUUUUUUUAGCGGAAGUUAGAGAGCAUGAGAAUUUGAGAGAGGGUAGAGAAAAACAGACAAAUUUCGAAUUUCUGGCGCUUUUUUUCUUCCCCUUGUCAUGUACUAUAGAAAAAAAAUUUUUUCGAUUUUUUUUUUUUAAAUUAGAUAAAGUAUGGUUUUCGGAGAAACGCAGAGAAACGAUAGAGAUUUUAAUCUUCUGAGAUGUUUCUUACUACUUUAUGAGACAGUUUGGGAUUCUCAGAGACAUUAGAGAAAAUGAGUCAUUUUGAGUUUCCUUUGGGAUUUUUCUGAUUUAUACAUUUUCGGGGGUAUGAAAACAUAAUUAGCGAAAUUUGCGUUGGCGAACUUAUCGAAGACCGCAAAAUUGCGGGCGGUGUAUGCCACCGUGUAUGCAUACUGUUUGCGCAAAAAUCAAUAAACACCUUUCCGACGGAACUUUUUUUCCGACUUUUUUUGCCUUUUUUUCAUAUUUUUUUGGAUUUCGUCACUCAUUUUUUUGUUUUUUCUGUUCUUUCAUCUUUUUCCAUCGCAUUAUGAUCCUUGUAUCGGAAAAAAAGACCUCAAUUUUUUUGUUUGAAGCAAAAAAAUUUUUUGGAAUAAUUUUUCGUCGUGAUGGCUGUUGGAACAUUGUUUAUAACAGUUUUUUUUCUGCGUUUCAAUUACAGAAUGAGUGAAGAAGAAAGAGCUAUGAGAGAAACAUUGGAUGACAUGCUUGAUUACUUGAGUGACACUGAUUCCUACAAAUCUGUAAAUUAUUGUUUUUCGUUUCGGGCAACAUCAAAAAAAUUUCCUAUAUCUUUCACAUUCUUCUCGUGUCAUUUCUUAUUUUUCCAAUUUCUUGUUUUAUUUCAUUUUAUUUCACCAUAGUCCAUAAAUUUGUUGUUUCCAAAUCUUUUUUUUUCAUUGAAAUUGUUUCCUAUCGGAUAAAUAUAUUGUUAUCGAGAAAAAUUAGGAACAAUGCGUACCAGAGGAUCAUAAUGCGAUGGAAAAGAUGAAAUAACAGAAAAAACCGAAAAAAAAUGAGUGACGAAAUCCAAAAAUUUGAAAAAAGAGGCAAAAAAAAAGUCGGAAAAAGUUCCGUCGGAAAGGUGUUUAUUGAUUUUUGCGCGAACAGUAUGCAUACACGGUGGCAUACACCGCCCGCGAUUUCGCGGUCUUCGAUAAGUUCGCCAACGCAAAUUUCGCUAAUCUUGUUUUUAUACCCCCACAUUUUCGAUGGAAUGAUUGAGAUUUUGUUAAUUAUGUACCUGUUCAUUACCAAUUAUCAGGUAGAUUUCGAUAAUUUUCAGAAGGUUCGGUCCUCCGGAACGUCGAAAUCGUGGGCGGCGGGUCUGGCCAUAACGAUUCUUGGCAAUCCGCCGGCUUGCAACUUUUCCAUCGAUCUCCAAUCAUUGAUCAUGUUAACGUGACCAAUAGUAGCAUGCAUGCGGUGCAGGUUGGUUUUGAGGGGAAAAAUAAACUCUAUUCCGCUCAUACGUGGGCUAACCCAGGCUUGUGCGGAAGCCGCGCAUUUUAAGCCCGACCUGGCCCGUCCUUAGCGAAGCCUCAAGAAAAGACAGCCGGUCUGGCCCAAAAAAGUGCAGUUUUCUCUGAAUCAAUCAUCACGCUUUUCAAUGAAAAAAAAAAUCACGUUUUUUGUUUUUUAUCCACUUAGGCGUCUACAGAGAUUGAAUAAGUAAAACAAAUUUUUCGUUGGGAACUUUUUUUUAAGCUAAGAAAGGUUUUCUGAGGCUUGGCCUGGCAGCAAUGAGGCUCUGGAAGCCUGGGCAUACCAAAAAUGUGUUGAAAAAGGCCCCACAUUGGAAGAGAAGUAAUUAAAAAUCAAACUUCUCUCACAUCAAAAAAUUCCUUACGUCAAGUUGAUGCUUAUAUUGAAUCGCUAACCGCUUUGGUUGCCGAUUUUAGAAAUGGAAAAGAAAAUGCGUUUUCUCACGACUUCAGUUGCUUUUUUAUAAUAUUUAUGAGAACGUCACAACUAUAAAUCGACCAAUCUUCGAAUUUCCCCGCUUCCUAACUGUGAGCGAUUGAAAAAAAAGUUGUAGGUCAUAAACCCCCGAGAAAAAGUUGUGCUGAGCAAUCUGAACGUGACUGACAACAAAGGCCAAGGUGUCAACAUUCUGACGACAUUUAUCCAAGCUCCCACUUCGAAUCAAGGUAAAAUCAAGGCAGAAACGCCAAUAAAAAAUUUUUUCUGCUCAGAAAUCCUCGAAAGACCCUUAAGUAUCCCCUAUUUCGCCCAAGGGAUGCUGGACAUGUGCGCCUCGGCGAAGACUAUCAAGUUGACGAAUCGGAUAUUGGUUGGUUUCCGAAAAGAGAGAAAAAAAAACUUGAGAAAAAAUAGCCGUAUCAUUUUGGAGCGAACGCGCCCCAUUGAUAACUUAUGAUUUUUUCAAUUUUUGUAUUUUUUUCACAGAAAAUCUAUGUUAAACGGCUUCAAAUUCCAGCCAGAAGGUUUUAUUUUGAAUAAUCAUGAGCUAGAAUGGAAGUUAGCCGUGGAGCGCAAAAUCACUUUUUUUUUUUCAUUUUGAGCGGUUUCUUUGAAUAACCAUAAAGCUACCAUCAAAAUCAGCCGUCGAGCGAAAAUUCCUAUUUUUUUUUCUCAUUUUGAGAGGUUUUUUUUCAAAUAAUCGAGAGCUAUGACUCACAUUUAGCCGUGGAGCGCAAAAUCCAAACAGAAGCCUUUUUUCUCUCUUAACCCAAAAAGUAUUUGGAAACAUUAAUUCUCCAGAUCUACUACAAAUACGACUCGUAUCCGGUGGAUUGCGUCAAGAUUUUCUCGUCGGAAGGCCGAAGAAUCGCUUUUCGAUUGGUUCAGACCAAUUUCUAUCUGAACGAGGCGGAUCUCGGACGUCCUGACGCGUUGAAAGUCUACAAUUCGGCUUCCCUCCACCCUAUGAACUUGGUCGCCGAGUUUAGGUAGGAGGGUGUCAAAAAAAUCAGAAAAAAAGAACCGUUAUGAAAAAAACUUGAAGAAAAAUGGUUAAAAAAAAUUUUUAAAAAAAAGUCGAUUUUGCGAAGAUUUUUGUCAUUAAUUGGUACAGAAUAAUGUUUUCGACCGAAUAAAAAAAAAAAUUUGGAUUUUUUUCUUCACCCCAUGUACUCGGUUGCCUAGUUCAUUUGUGAAUUUAAAAAGUUUUUUUCCAAAAGAAAAAAAAUAGGAUUUCGAGGAAAUUAAUCGGAGUAUUUUUUUGCAAAACUUGAAGAAAAAAAUGGUUAAAAAAAUAUUCUAAAAAGUCGAUUUCGAGAAGUUUUUACAAUGAAAGUCUCCGGAGGAACACUUUUUAUGUCAUUUUAGGUCAUUUUUUUCGAUCAAUUUAUCGAUUUUUUUAUCCGAUUUUAGUGAUAAAACUGAUAAAAAAAUGGCAAAAAAAUCCACAGCUUGGAUUUGUUAUUAAGCCUUGAUAUCUGAUCGAAAUUCUUGGAGCCAUAAUUAAUAAAUCAUAAAAAUUUUUUUCAAUAGAAGCUUAUCUUUAUCACCUCUAAUUCUUAUGGAAAAAAAUUGCUAAGAGAAAUUUUUUUGGCCGUUUUUUUCGGCAAUCGAUAGCUUUUUGACAGGAAAGUUUGGAAAGAAACGACAGGAAAUACAAAAAAAAAAAAUAUGAGAAAAAAAUAGGAAAAAAAUUAUGAUUAUUUUUUUCGAGAAUUUAUUGAAUAUUCAAGUUAGAAAAAUCGAUGAAAGAGACUAUUUAAAAAUUCAUUUUUGGGCAAUUUUUCAAUUUUACAAUAGUUUAUUGGUUUUUCAAUGGACACUAGCGGCAAAAACUUACGAUUUUAGGUACUUUUCACUCUUAUUUGACCGAUUUGAGUGUUAAAUUUUAUUCGAAUUGCGAAUUUCAAUGAAAAGCCUCGAAUUCAGAUCGAAAGGCUUCAAUUCGCCGACGACUUCGGUUACUGGCGAAACUUUGGCCCUCCAUAUCCGAGCCAGCGCCGCCGACGGAAUCUAUGGCUUUAUCGCCGAAAUUUCGGCCGUCCCUAGUGUUCCCGACAAUCGUGAGCUAUCUUAGGCUAUCAUGAGCGAUAUGGUGUUGUUUCACAGAGAAUGUGGGAGAAGUUGUGAUACGCAACUCGCGGAUCGAUAACAACGACCGAGGCGCGAUCGAUUACAUGAAUUCCGGGGAAAUGAGCCCUUCUUUGGUCAUUGGUGGGUUGAAAAAAGUGAAAAAAAAACUCGUUUUGAAAUGCGGAAUUUAGGGAGAAUUUUAAUGAGAAUGGUAUCAAACUUUUCGAAAUUAAUAAGUUAUGAGAAAAUUUGAGAAUUUAGCGAGUAAUGUAUGAAGGUUUGAAAAAAAGGACGAUUUUUAGAAAGGCGAAGUCAAAAUUUAUAAUUUUCAUAAGUUUUACUGUGGCUCAGGAACGCCAGAGUGGUCCCUAGAGGGGCGACCUUAUAGACCCUUCAAAGUUCCUCUCUAGGGACCUUUUCGCUUCCUCCUAUAGGAUGUAAGAAUGUUUCUUAAAGUGGUCAUUCUAGGUGUUUCAGCCCCUUAGAGGGAGUGUUUCCAUGUAGGGACUGUUUUUUUCCGUCUACGGGCCAUUCAGACGUUCCUAAGGAACCCACUGAGCAGAUAGAUAAGUAGUCAAGAGAGGAUAGAAAAUAUUCAGCAUUUACGUACUCUCUUCGAUUUCUUAUAAUUAUUGAAAUUGGCAGAAUUCCGAGGAAUUUUGGCGUUUUUCGCGAAAGUUCUGUGUUAUGAAGAGAUAUUUUACGCAUUGUAAAGGCAGUCUGCUUUCUAAAAAAUCAUCAGAACUUCAUUUUGUGUUUUUUAUUCCAGAAGACUGCUCGAUUUCCUUCAAUGGCAUCCAUUUGUAUGGAAAUAUUUCAACAGCAAUGCAGGCGGUUCAGUUGAAUUUGCAUAACACGAUGGUGAGUUUGAAAAAGAAGUUGAAUCUAAAAAAAUUCUCUUCUCUUUCAAUAAAUCUUUAUUCAUAAAAGGAUAAAAAAAUUUGAAUCUUAGAAAUUCAAAUUUUUUUUCCAAAAAUCUUACCCACGAAACUGUCUCACCUGUCUGCGCUCUCUCCCCUAUGGUCGGCGAGGUCAGAGGAGCAAGAAAAUAGCGUUCAAAGUUAGAGGGCGCAGAGUGUCAGACUUUUCAAGCUUUGGUGAAUUGAACAUUCUGAUGAGACUUCUGAACCUUGUCCUUUUUGUCUCACUUGUCUGCGCUCUCUUCCCUCUCGUCGACGAGGUGAGAGGAGCGAAAAAAUAGUGUUUGAAGUUAGAGGGCACAGAGAAGUCAGGCUUUUCAAUUUGUGGCAGAACAUACUUAUGAGACUUCUGAACCUUUUCCUUUUUGCCUGACUUGUCUGCGCUCUCUUCCCUCUCAUCGGCCAAGUGAGAGGAAACAAGGAACUAGCGUUUAAAGUUAGAGGGCCUAGAGAAGUCAAAUUUUUCCGAGUGAGGAGAUGAAAAUAUUAUGUUGGAACUUUUGAAACUCGCCCCUUUCCUGGAUUUUUCUAGAAUGGAUUUUCAGUUCCUCCUGUUCCGUUCCAACUCCCUGGCCCACAAUCGAGGUGGCCUCUACAUUUCGGCGACGUCUUCAUCUCCGGUCGCACGUCUUCAAGCCCUCAUCAAGAACUGUCUCUUCUCACACAACACCAACUCCACUACGUUCGCCCUUCUUGGAAAUAACUAUCAAGUGGUGAGGAAAUUCAGGGGCUGUAAAAAGCUUUGUAUGUAUGAAAUGAAUAAACGUAAGCGCAAGUAGUUUCUGGUCGGAUGCGCGUGAAAACAAAAAUUUCUCAUUGAGAACUUUUUAGGGUGACAUAAAUGUGGCUUCAGCAUUGCAAAUAUAUUUUUGAUAGUUGCGUCUUUCAUCUUGUGAUAGAAAUACCUUCAUGCGCAAGUAGUUUCUGGUCGGGUGCACUGAAUUAGCCUUUUUUGCAACCAUCCCCAUGAUAUGUGAUUUGAUAACAAGGAUGAAUAAGUAGCAGUUGUUUUGAAUACCAGCUGCGCCCGACCUUCAGCGGCUUCUCAUCGCCUCAUGCUAGGAGAUACAGUCACGCGCAAGUAGUUUCGGGUCGGAUGCGCUGAAUCAGCUUUUUUUGCAACUAUCUCUAUGAUAUGUGAUUUGAUAACAAGGAUCAAAAAGCUCGCGGUUUGUUGCCUCAAAGCUGCACCCGACCUUUAACGGCUUCUCAUCGCCUCAUGCUAGAAGAUGUUGUCUCACGCAAGUAGUUUCUGGUCGGAUGCACUGACAUAGCCUUUUUUGCAACCAUCCCCAUGAUAUGUGAUUUGAUAACAAGGAUGAAUAAGUAGCAGUUUUUUUGCAUACCAGCUGCGCCCGACCUGUAGCGACUUCUCAUUGACUCAUGCUAGAAGAUGCUGUCUCGCGCAAGUCGUUUCUGGUCGGCAGGGCUAUCUAAACUAUCCCAACUUGUCCAACUUUUUCUCGAAUCUGAUGAAUUGCUUCAGGCAACGCUGUUGAACAACGUGAUCAGCCUGAACUACGCCCUCUACCACGACACGAUCGUCGUCCAGGACGCGGCGAUGAACAUGACGCGGAACGUCGUCUUCGGAAACACCGGCCUUCAUACCGUCGAUGUUCACGCCAACGCCAGGAUGUCUUCCGAUUCGACUGUCUUCUUCUUCAAUCACUUUUAUGAUAACCAUGCCCUGGGCAGCGGGUUGCAGUAUGCGGUACGGGCUUGAGGAAAAAUGGGAAAAAAUAGCUGUGACUUUUUUGAGCUUGUGCGCUCCAAGGCUUAAAUGUAGAUGAAGGCGUUCAUUUGGAUGAUUUUCUAGACACUUUAUAAGCAGAGAAAAUGUAUAGAAAACCAAAAUCCUUAGUAACAUGAAUAUUGAUUAUCAAUGGAGCGCAGAAGUGUUAGAGUUUCGCGGCUCUUUUUUCUCAGAAGUUAUUCGAAUUUUUUUUUUUUGAGCUUGUGCGCUCCAAGGCUUAAAUGUAGAUGAAGGCGUUCAUUUGGAUGAUUUUCUAGACACUUUAUAAGCAGAGAAAAUGUAUAGAAAACCAAAAUCCUUAGUAACAUGAAUAUUGAUUAUCAAUGGAGCGCAGAAAUGUUACAGUUUCGCGGCUCUUUUUUCUCAGAAGUUAUUCGAAUUUUUUUUUUUGAGCUUGUGCGCUCCAAGGCUUAAAUGUAGAUGAAGGCGUUCAUUUGGAUGAUUUUUCUAGACACUUUAUAAGCAGAGAAAAAUGUAUAGAAAACCAAAAAUCCUUAGUAACAUGAAUAUUGAUUAUCAAUGGAGCGCAGAAAUGUUACAGUUUCGCGGCUCUUUUUUCUCAGAAGUUAUUCGAAUUUUUUUUUUUGAGCUUGUGCGCUCCAAGGCUUAAAUGUAGAUGAAGGCGUUCAUUUGGAUGAUUUUCUAGACACUUUAUAAGCAGAGAAAAUGUAUAGAAAACCAAAAUCCUUAGUAACAUGAAUAUUGAUUAUCAAUGGAGCGCAGAAAUGUUACAGUUUCGCGGCUCUUUUUUCUCAGCAGUUCUUUGAAUUAUUUUUCGAUUUUGAUCCUUUCAGGAACGAUAUGGUUACCUGCCAGUUCAUGAGCGGGAUGAGUCACGGGACAGGCCAAGAAGGAAACGACAGGUAAAAGAUUUUUAUUCAGAAACUUUUGAGAAAGGUUAG